AUGGCAAAAGGUAGCUCCAGCAACAACUAUGAAGAGGCUAGAAAACAAAGAUUGGAACAAAACAAUAAGAAAAUUGCGGAUUUAGGGAUUUCAAAGAUUUCUAAACAAUUGACUAAAAUCGGAAGUUCUUCAAACAAGUCACAGAAACUCCGUGUCAAACGAGAAUUAAAGACUAAUCAUGUAGCGGAACAAAGGUGCUCUUCUCGUGCAAGAAACAAAGCUCCUUCAUACAGUGAAGAGUUUCCUACAGACCUUCCUCAUAAGAGUUCACGUCUACGGAAGAGGUCAAGGUCAAGUCCAUCAUCAUGGGGAAGUUACAUUGCGAGGCCACUCGAUGAAAUCAAAGAAGCUACGAAACAAGAAAGAGACCGUGCUUAUAAGGCUGCAGAGAAACUGGAAAUCAAUUUGCAGUCUCCAAAUCCAUCAUUUGCCAAGUCAAUGGUCCGGUCUCAUGUUUAUAGCUGUUUUUGGUUGGGUCUUCCUAGUAGAUUUUGUCAGGACCAUCUUCCAAAAGAGGGGUGUAACAUGAUUUUAGAGGAUGAAGAGGGCUCAGAGUAUGGUGCUGUUUACAUUGGCCAUAGAAGUGGGCUAAGUGGUGGCUGGAGAGCAUUUGCAUUGCAACAUAAAUUGGAUGAUGGUGAUGCACUUGUUUUUGAAUUGGUUCAAGCAAACAGAUUUAAGAUUUAUAUUGUUAGUGCAUUUCCAAAUAUUAGUGAAAAAGAGGAAGAAGAAAACAAUACUUUGGUGGAAGAAGAAAAUAUGCACACAUCCAAAACAACAAAAAAAAUGAAGGCUGCAAGUAACCAUGAAUCAGCAUCGAAGAAGACUAAAAAGCGAAAACAUGCCAUUAAAACUAAGGAAUCAGAGAAUUCUGAAGAAAGUCUGCCAGAAAGUAACAUUGACAAAGAGUCCAAACCUCAGAGGGUAAAUUCUAGUAGAAAAACUAAAUCUUCUCAGAAAGAAAUGCAAAAGAUAUCUGAAGUACCAAGUACUCCUGAGCCAAAAGAGGAACCACAGAUUGAAGUUGUGAAACCAAAGGAAGCUAUAAAGAAAACUAGAUCUUCUCAGAGGAAAAUGCAAAAGAUAUCUGAAGUACCAAUUACUCCUGAGACAAAAGAGGAAUCACAGAUUGAAGUUGUGAAACCAAAGGAAGCUAUAAAGAAAACUAGAUCUUCUCAGAGAAAAGUGCAAAAGAUAUCUGAAGUAUCUACUACUCUUGAGCCAAAAGGUGAAGCACAAGUUGAAACUGUGAAACCAAAGGAAGCUACAAAGUUGUCAAAGAAGACAAGGAAGUCCAAAGAAGGUAACUUGAGCAAGAAGGAAGAACAUGUUCAGGAUGAUGCGAUUGAGUCAAUGAAAGAUGUUCAGGAUGAUGUGAUUGAGUCAAUGAAAGAUGUUCAGGAUGAUGCUAUUGAGUCAAUGAAAGAUAAGCCAGAUGAAAAACCAAGCAAAGAAGUUUCACAAAAACCUCGAAAAAAAGCAGCUGUUAAGUUUUUCAGUAGGAAAACAUCAAUUUCCAAUUUAAUCUGCGUGGUUAAAAAGUCUUAG